AUAAACCAUUCGAGAGACAAAGGACUUGUAUUGAAUAUUCAAUUGAGUUCUCAAUAACACUAAAUUGCAUCUGCAAAGUUCAUCAGUUUGACUUACUGCCUCAUGGACAUUAUUCCAGUUGUUGGAAAACUGAACCUGUUCUUCCAAAAAGAAAAUGUUGAUGUGGCUCUUGUAAAGGUGAACCUUGAUGAGUGUCUGAGGACCCUGGAGUCCCUGAAGACGGAACCAGGCGUGCACGAGCUCCUGCUGGAUGACCAUCUGGACAUGGACCAGAAGAAGUACAAGGAGAACACUGUUGCUUGUUGUCCAAAGAGAGAUGUUCAGUCAGCAAAGGAAAAGUUCCUGGACAACUUGAUUGCCAACAUUUCUCAAAGGUUUCCAGAUACUGACAUCUUGACAGCAUUUGGAAUAUUGGGUAUGAGACCAAUCAGUUUCCUGUCUGAGACUGAGCUGGAGAAAUGGGGGUGUGAGCAACUGGAGUGUCUCAUUGGUCACUUUGGAUAUCCUCAGACUCACAAGUGGACUGACCAAGGCAAUGAGGAAGAGACCACAAGCCAGCCUGUGAUAGAGCCAGAAGCCACCAGGAUUGAGUGGAAGCAGCUGAAACCUAGGGUCCUAGCUCAGAUGUAUCCAUGGGAUAACACAGUUAAUCUGUUGUCACUUGUGAAUGAGUUCAACAAGGAGGAGUUCCCCAACAUCCUCAAGUUGGCCCAGCUGUCCCUAGUGUGCCCAGUACACACUGCUGGAUGUGAGCAGGGUUUCAGCGCACAGAACAGUGUGCUGACACCACUCAGACUGACUGACUGAGUUUGGAUUUACGUCG